AUUUGACUCAGGAUGAAUAACACUAAUACAAGCUCAGUGAUCAUACAUAAAUUGGUUUCUAGAACCCUCCAAAGUUGGAAGUAGCUACAUUUAAAAUACUUAAUUCGUUUGAAAAUUGUCACAAUACAGAAGGGAACUUGGUGGGUGGAUCGGAUCUGACCCGGUUAUAAAUUUCCAAAAUAGACGGAAAUCAGUUGAAUGGACAAACUCGAUAUGUAAAAAUAUAGCUGUGCAUAUACAAACGCGAUUCAGACACGAUGGAGGAUGACCCAUACACAAUUACGAACCGAAAUGUCGGGUUGACGGACGACGAGAUCUUCAAAAUUCCACUCAUGCAUUCAGAUCCUAGCAGUCACCUGCAAACCACCAUAAAAUCAAAACUGGCUCAAACAAUUGCAAACAUCACUGACGCCGCUAAGUAUUACACUCAAAUCUGUGACUAUGUGAGGUUACGUCAAGACAAGAUAACCAGCCUGAAUACCAAAUAUCAAGCCUGUGUUUCCGGUAACAGCACGUUGUACGACAUUUACAAAGCUUUCAUUGCCGAAAUUGUUAACGAACACGGGGCAGACUCUAAUAUUGGAAUAAUACUUCAUGCAAUGAAAGAAGCCGAUUGGAAAGGUGGUAGUGACACAAUUGUAGCCAUAAAAUGGCACGAAAUCCCUGGAUUGAAAGAAAUUUUGACACCCAAGCUUCCCGUGGAUUGUAGGACAGCCGAUGUACCUAAGCCUUCUGCCAAGCUCCCAGAAACAACAUCUGAUUUAGGGCCGCUUCCUCUGAAACAUUGUUCCGUGUUGACCAAUGACUCGGUUGUGUGGAAGGCCAUACCCAGUAUGGGACAUUAUGCGGAUGAAAGUAACAGCUUGCCAGGCAUUGAAGAGAUUAAGGAGAUUGGAAUCGUGAACCGUACGCCGCCGCCGAUCAAGCAGAUUUGCUAUUCCCCCGGGAUAGAGACGCAGCCUGAAGAAUGGACCGAGUCACCCUCUGGCCCGUUAAUGGGCUCAGUUGUAUUGAGCCGAAAUCCUCCGGCAAACAUGACAAAUGGUACUCCCGAAAUGGAAGGAUCUAAUCGUAACACUAGUGAUCAGUUCGAACCACUGCGUAGUGAAGAUUCAGGGCCCCCAAAUAUAACUUAAAAUUAAAAUGCAGUUAAAUUGCGUUUUAUUAUGAGUGGCGAUGAAUUCGUAGCAAAUUUUGCCUUAAUCCAGACCGGCUGGGAUGAAAAACUCAUGAUCCGCGCUGAUUUUCCUCUCACUUUCCCCCAAUUUAUGACUUGAUGUCACUUGUCACUUAAUGCCACUUAAUGUCAUUAAGCUCAAAAAGUGGCAUUAACGAAACCUUGCCUGCAAGAAUCCAGUUUCUCGUAGCUGGAGGCCGUUCGCCCAUAUAAAAUCAAGGAGUAGGAAAUCGACAGAUUUGGAGAUUCCAGGCUGGACGGAAGUUGGUCCUGAUUUUGGGGAAGUUGUAGUGUAAAACAACGCCUGUUCGGAUAAUAGAGUGGCAGUUCGCUAGCAGGAAUUCUUCCGCGAGUGAGAUCUGCACAAUUUACAAGAAUUACAAAUAGUGUCACCCAUUUGAAAAGGAAACGCACCCUGAAUUCUAGAUUAUGUGAACUGUAGCAAAUCUGGAGCAGAGUUAACUUGAAACAGGGUAAAUUGUGCUCUGGGUUUAGUAUAUGUAGUUUGCUUACAACGGGGACGCAAACCAUGUUCAACCCAGAUUAUUUUUUAAUCGCCUUUGUUGGAAAGACCAACUCUUUAGAAUCAACACUUAGGAUUAGGAUUAGGAAUUUUAGAAGAAACAAGCAUGUACAUAAAUAUGUAUUUAGUGCUCCAAAUGCAUAAAAAAUGCAUGAUUUGCAUGAAAUAUCGAACCGCAGCUCUAGUUUUCUGCUUCCCUCGUCUAACUUGCAAAAUCUGUCGCAUCUUCAAUAAUGCCAUGCUUUAAAUAUUCUAACGAAUUGGUCACCCAAAACUGACCCGACCCGUAAAAUUAUCCGAGCUGAACCUGAUUUCCGUCCCCAUUGUGAGUUUAGAAUUCGAUGUGCAAUUUCAUUUAAAUGGGUAAUACUAUUUGUACGAGGGUACAUUAAGACAAAUUAUGUGCAUACGUCGACUUGCACCUGCCACCACGGUGAAGACUUUGGAAUUACGGACCAAUUUGGUAUUAAUUUCUGGUGAAAGUUCUUUCAUCCCGGAGAUGAAUUCGUCUCCGUCAUCAGUUGAAAUGAUAACGCUCCCAUCCAGCUCUAUAACCAGGGCUGUGUAAAAAUGUGUAAAAAAUGGACAAAUGUUAAAUGCAUUAGGAAACAAAAACAUGUACAAAAUAUGUAAAUAUGUAUGUAUACCAUACCAUAAAUAUCGCGUAGUCUUUCGUUUAAAAUGUACAUUGUUCCAGUGACCUUCUCCACUGAUAUGUUUUCAAUAAAAAUCAUUUUUUUUUAUUAAAAAAAUGGGUAAAAUUGAACUUUAGAUUUGGCAAAAUUAACAAGUCUUCGUAACAGUUUUGGAUGCUGAACUUAGGAAAAACCGAGUGAUACUGGGCAUUCAUUUUUUAUCCUUUCGGGAUCUUGCGAGAAAAUGGGUCGUAAAAAGUGACUCAUAUGUAACCAGGCACGUUUUAUUGUUAAAAUAACCGUGUCACCCUGAUGAGGCACACGCUUUAUUGGAAAUUUGAUGAUUAUCCCUAAAUCGUGGCCGAGUUUGGGUUAAGACUCUUCAUAAUUUAUGUACGUACAAAGGGAAAUAUUGAUUUUAGGAAAUCUUAAGGUGUCGAUGUUUCACCCAAAUGUAUAUUAGGCUUCCUUGUAAAAAUGAGUAAGUGUCAAAGUGAAAUUCCUGCCGCGGUUAUAUAUUUAGAGUUGGGCAUCCAGACAUAUGGGAACAUUCAGAUAGUAUGUACAUCAUCCAAAAGAUGGGAUUGUAGUUUUUGGUGGCUUUUCGUACUCGGGUUAAAGUUAAUGUGAGGAAGAUAAGGUAGGGGUAAGUACUUAGAUAGGUGGUCAAAAAUUAGAGUUUUAUUAUGACAUAAUAUGUGCACGUUCUCAAUCCAUAUUGCACAUUUGCUUGAGACUCAUUUGUUUAUUUUAACGUCUUCACACUCGAUGUAAACAAAUGAAGCGUGAGUAACAAGGUUUUAGCCCAAUUUUCUCCCGUUCGGGUUUCAAAAGCCAUCUUGAUUCUUGAAAUAAUGAGUAUUCGAGACAUAAAUUUUUCACGUAUCGUACUCACAAUUUGAUAAUUAUCUGGACAUUAAUAUACAUUAAUAAACAUUAAAUAUGGACAAAAAUUUUGACGGUGUUCGUGUUUCUAUAAAUGUUCAUCAUAUGUACAAGCAAGAUAUUUCACCCUCGUUGAAUUUUAAUUAUUUCUCAGAAACGUACAUAUGCAAAUAUUUUUUUAUAAAAUCGAUGUUAAAUAAAAACUCAAUUGGAGACGUGGGCAAAAAUAUCCUGCUAAACAUAUUUAUCAACUGAUUACGCUGAAGGAUUUUUUGCACCGAUUCCUUCAAACAAAGAUGACGAUCGUACCUGCACAUGUACAUAUGUAUUUUAAUCAUUUCUAAUAAACCCUUCGUGUUUUAGAUAUAUAAAUAUGUAAAUACACCAUCUAUGUAAAUAUCUUACACAUUGCCAGAGGCUAAUCCCAAGUCUAGUAGAAGAUGCAUGCUUACUCUACGCUGAUUUUUUUUGUAAAGAUCAGUGCAAAUAUGUAUGCAUGAAGCAUUGUAAUGAUGAGUCCUGUAGACAGAGGUGAAUGCAGUGCCCGCAGAAUCUGCCGUGGGGACAUCGGGGUACAUCCAUAUUGUAGUGUAGUGUAAUGCAGGGAAGGGUUUAUAAAUAUGUAUAACAUGAUAUGUCUUAACAUCUCAUAACUGGGGAGACUCUGUCCCCCCGCUUCCGCGGCGACUGGGCGUAUGACGCAUCUUUCUCCUACUUUUCAACCUUUCAUGCAUAUUAAGUAUUUUAAGGCGGAAUAGCAUGCUGGCUGAUGCGGGGUUUUUGUUUGAAUUGUUGUGUCUCAAC